AUGGCGGCAACCACCGCUCCUCUUGUAGGUGGGUCGUCGCCCUGUCGCGACUUGCCCUCGACAGGCGUUUCCAAAGAGCAUCCUUCUGUGAAGCUCCGACUUGCACUCCGCCGUCUAGGCGUGGGGAGGAAGGAGAUAUCUCCGGACGAGCCCUUCCUUGAAAGCCUGUCUGAAGACGAUAGUCCUGGGAGCGAGUCCCCACGUAGUCCUCCUACAUGGUCCUCUUCUCCGUGUUCACACCCUUCACAUCCCCUAUCCUCUCAAUUUGGAGACUUGGACGAAGUCUCACUGUCCAAGUUCCGUCAGCGUAGCAACCGAGCUGAAGCCGAGCGACGUAGUCGGCAAUGGCUAUCCGGUACGCUGGCUCUUUUGGGGGGUAUGAUGGCCAUGGUUCUUGCAAUGUAUCAUCUACGGUUUGCCUUGCCAGUGCUUAAGAAGGGAGCCGACUCCAGCGUGCCCGCGGGCAGUUCGCGCUCUUACCAUGCGACCGCUGCGCCCUCUGCAACGGUCGCUGCUCCACCGGGGAUCGCCGGCAACAUCCAGGAGGCUAUAGCGUCCAAAAUUGCAGUCCGGCGUCAGUGGAUGUUUGGAAUUUUUGCUAUUGCUCUUUCAAUCUUCUCUGCCAAAUUUGUGUCGAGGCUGCACGAAUGGACGCUGAACGCUCGCCAUUGGCUGUACCCGAGGCGAGUAAGCCGCCUACCGGUGCACUCCAAGGUGGACGAAGAAUUUGCAGAGCUGUACAGUUUAAAAGACGACUCAGCUGGGACAAAGGAUGACUUCACAGAUCCACUGGUCAUCACAGCCAUCCGCAAGUGUCUCGAUGACUACAGAGCACUAAGAAGGCAGACCCACCAAUCUGCAUUUGCAGUUUUCUUCCACCUGGCGGCGCAGAGUCGCAGGAGGCAAAUAGCUUAUUCCUUGUACAGAAACGGCUGGGACGCCAUGCACGCCAAAGUGGAACAAAACAGGCCGGUGUUGAGUGGUGAAGUAGCUGAGAUCCUGAACAGGCAACGAGCGCUGCGCCUGCAAUACAACCGCAUGAAAGAUGAAGUUCAAUUUGUUCUAAGCGAAGACAAUUUGCCUCCGGGCCUCUGCCAGGAAGAGCUGGAAUUUCUCACAAGGGACUUCCGCCCAGCACUGCUCGAGCUUGCGAACCACACCAUAUACAGCUUGGACAUGGAUCGCAGGUUCAUUGAGGCGUCCAUCAGAUUCCACCCCAACAUCCAAUAUGUGUGGCAUGAGGAGGAUAGCUCAGCGGGUGAUGGCCUAAAUAAGAUAAGUGAGCAAUCAAACCUUCUGGAAGCGCUGCAGCAGCGGCAGGACCAGCGGGUCAGUGAGGACAAUAGGAGCACUCCCGAAGACCAGACGUCUGAGAACAGCAGUGAAUUGGCAAUGCAUGAAAGCCAGUUCUGGGAUGCGAGACGAGCUCUCUCUAGCUACCGUAGAGACACUUUUAUGCCGAAAGUGCCCGACUUCGAUCGCUGCUUUAUCCCAGAAUUGCCACUCUCGUUGUUUGCAUACUGA